UUCGGUUCGUGUUGACUAACACCAUAGAUAAUACCAACACCCGCUCUGGGGGUGUUGGCAUUGAUUAACGUGAUGUUGAUUGCUUUAUUUGUUUUCUCCAUUCAUAAAACCCGGUUAUGCGUUUGUCCGGUUCUACAAUAGUGGGGUCUUUGAUGAAGCCCCUAUACAAAAGGAGGAAAAGCUGCUAAAUCGUAGGGGGAAGCCGUACCUUGACUUGCUGCGCGCUUCGUGUUCGUUUUCCUCCUUCAGCAGCAGUCAUGGACACAAACGCAAAGAUGCGUGAUCUCCUGGCAGAUAUAUCGAAGUUCAACGCGCAGACAACCGGUAGGGACAAAUUUUUUCGGCUCCUGCAGUACAGUAGUCGGUUCUUAUGGUACUGGCUGCAGAAAACAUCAAAUCGUAGGGACACUGUGGCCCGCCUUCAGAAUCUGGAGGUGACAUUCAGCUCGGGACGAAGGCUGCUGCGGCUCGGACGCUUUGUGGAUGCACUUCAUGGUGCAACCCGCACAAUCAACCUUCCGGAUGUGUCCCUGCGCCUCAGCCUGACCAUGGCCCGCAUUGGCAACGCUUUUUACAUUUUAACGGACAACCUAGUUUGGCUUCACCAAGUUGGCUUGCUGACAUUGCACCGGGAUGCCUGGAGCCGCACAAGCAAUAAGUUUUGGCUGCUGGCCAUCGUGGCCGCGCUCAUACGCGAUCUGAUUGAGCUGUACCAGAUACUGCCCAUGCUCUUGGCUGUACCAUCCAAGGGCAACAACCUGAGGAGCUCGCUUCGCAUCCUGUGGGCCUCGGCGAGCUUCCACAAGGCACUUCUGCUUGACCUGGUCAAGAAUUUUGCAGACCUGUGGAUACCUUACACAGCGCUGGGCCAUGCCAGACUUGAACCGGGGACAGUUGGGCUGCUAGGUGUUAUCUCAAGUGCAGCUGCUAUUUUGCCCAUGCUGGAUUCAACAUUUUCACUCAUCCCAGUGUGAAGUGUGCAUGUGGUGACAUUUAUUUGCUCCUACAGAUGAAAGAAAAUAGUGGUUGCAGUUUGCUGAGUGGAACAUUUUCUGAAGAUGUUGAACUUUGGGACGUAACUCGCUGUCACGAAUUGCAAUUUUGUGAAUGCGAAACGGCAACUACUCCUUUGUGGCACUAUCUUCAGAAAUCAGGAACAGUGUAAAAAUAGGAAGUUCACCUGCUUUCCUUAAGGUACGCAAUCAUUAAUGUUACAUUUUAGCUUUGCUCAUUCAUUAGCACCGUCAGAUAGAAUAAAAUUGUGAAUGUUAAGCUACAGAAAUCGUAUGUUUGCUAGCAUUAUCAAUAAAGAUUCCUUCUCUUGCUUGUGUUGCUAGUUAGCCACAAGGACACAUCGUUUGAAUUUUUAUCCCGACCACACUGUGAUUGAAAAAUUUAUUUUGAACAUUUGAAAUAUCUACAUCGAGCAUAGGUAUCUGCUUUUCACAUACAUAUUCAAAAGUCGCAAAAGCAUAAUACUUUUGCUAGGUUGCAGAAACACAAAUUUUUGUAUUUUUGAAAUUCCAACGUAUCUGUAGUCUCAUCCUUGUAUGAUAUUUGUUCCUCUGCCUUACCAUCCAAAAUAGGUCUCUAGCAUAAAAUACUUUCAUGCUAUAGUAGACAGGGCAUGAAAUAUACCUAUAGUACACACAACAUACACAGGGACAGGAACAGUCCUUUGUAAUUGUACUUGUAUUGCAUGCUCGAUCUUCUAUUGCAUCAAAGCACCAACUUUAUCUGCGUGUUUGUUACAAAAUACAUUUUUUCUGAAGUGUAA